UGGAUUAAGCUACUUCAGUAUUGUGAAAGUGCAGUAGGAUAACAGUCUUUUUUAAUCAACAAAAAAAAAAAAAAAAUUUUUUCUUGCUUUUUGAUAGUCUUUAAUUGACAAUAUGGAAGCACUAAUUUUUGAACUUAAAACUAAAACACUUGCUUAUAAAAAAUCGCCAAAUAUUCUCAAACCCGUUAACGAUGAAAUUCUCGUUAAAGUUGCAUAUUCCGGAAUUUGUGGCACUGAUCUUCAUAUUUUAAAAGGAGAGUUUCCAUGUAAUGAUUCUGUACCAUUUACACCGGGUCAUGAAUUUGUUGGCACUGUUCAGGCAAUUGGUCCACAAGUAAAAACAUUUAAAAUUGGAGACAGAGUGGCCGUCGAUCCAAAUAGUGGUUGUAAUUUAUGCAAAUGCUGUCACACUGGUAUUUAUCAUCAUUGCAGUACCGGGGGGAUUAAUAAUACCAUUGGCAUCUUUAGAAAUGGAGGAUGGUCCUCACAUGCUGUGGUUCCCGAAUCUCAGGUCUACCUUUUGCCAGAGGAUGUUGAAAUGUCCCUGGCAGCUCUCAGCGAACCACUCUCGUGUUUGGCGCAUGGAUGGGAUAUUGUUAAUCCUUUGAAAGUUGGUGCCAAUGUUCUUGUUUCUGGUGCAGGAAUUAUUGGCCUUUUAUGGGCCUCUGUACUUCAUUUACAUGGCUUGAGAAAAACUGUCACUAUAUCUGAACCACAGGAGAGACGAAGAGAAAUUUUUCAAAAAAUGAAUCUUGAUUACAAAGUGAAAAGUCCAUCAGAACUAACGGAAACCGAUUGUUUUUGCAUUGCCAUUGAUUGCAGUGGUUCAGGUCCUGCAAUGGAAACUGCAGUGAAACAUUUGUCUCCUGGUGGACGUUUAUGCAUUUUUGGCUGUGCAAGUCCAAAAGCAAAAAUUUGCAUUGAACCCUUCCAGGUUUACAAAAAGGAACUGAAAAUAAUGGGCGUCAAUAUAAAUCCCUACACAUUCAGUCAAGGAAUAUCCCUUGUGCAGGCAAUGGGCAAUAAAUAUUUAUCAUUCGAAAAACUUGGAAUUAAAACAUUCAAAUUAAGUGAAUAUCGUGAAGCAAUGGCUGCACUAAAAAGUGGCGAAAUUAGCAAAGCUAUUUUUAAAUUUUGAAAAUAUUUUUUUUUUAAUUCAGAGGUAAUUAAAUUUUUUUUUUUUUAAUGGAAUAUUUGAAGAGCGGGCAUUUUUUUCUCUUCAUUUAAAACUGGACAAUUAUAGAGAAGUUUUUAAUUAAUUAGCAAAAUAAAUUAAUUUUGAAUUAAUUAGCAAAAUAAAUUAAUUUUGAAUUAAUUAGCAAAAUAAAUUAAUUUGGAAUUAAUUAGCAACAUAAAUUAAUUUCGAAUCAAUUAGCAAAAUAAAUUAAUUUGGAAUUAAUUAGCAACAUAAAUUAAUUUCGAAUCAAUUAGCAAAAUAAAUUAAUUCGUAAUUAAUUAGCAACAUUUAAAUUAGUUUCGAAUCAAUUAGCAAAAUAAAUUAAUUUGUAAUUAGAAACGUGAAUAAAUUAUUGAAAAUAAUUAUUUUAAAUCAUUAGGUGAAUCGUUUGAAUUAAAUAAUUUAAAAAUUCAAUCAUUUGCAAUAAACAAUUGAAUAAUUUAAUUAUUUAAAUCAAGUUGAGUUUAUAUUGGGUGCAAUUAUAGUCUUUACAACUAUCAUUACAAUUAUAUCGUAUGAACAAUUAAUUACAUUAAUAAAAAUAAUUAUGAAAAAAAUAAAUAAAAAAACUCAAAUAAAAUAACAAA